AUGAUUUCUAAAUCUUUUGUACUAGGUAAUUUAUUAUCUUCAUGCAUAAAGAUAAUAAAUUCGAUCAUUUUGGUCGGACUCUAUUAUGGAUUUCUGACUACAUUCUCCAUAGGGCCCUUUUAUCUCUUCCUUCUUCAAGCUCGGGCUAUGGAAGGAGGAACUGAGGAGGAGGUAGCAGCAACAACUAGUUUUAUUAUGGGACAGCUCUUGAUGUUCAUAUCGAUGUAUUAUGCGCCUCUGCAUCUAGCAUUGGGGAGACCUCAUACAAUAACUGUCCUAAUUCUACCCUAUCUUUUGUUUCAUUUCUUCUGGAACAAUCACAAAAACUUUUUUUAUUAUGGGUCUACUACCGGAAAUUCAAUGCAUAAUCUCAGCAUUCAAUGUAUAUUUCUGAAUAAUCUAAUUUUUCAAUUAUUCAACCAUUUUAUUUUACCAAGUUCAAUGUUAGCCAGAUUAGUCAACAUUUAUCCGUUUCGAUGCAACAACAAGAUGUUAUUUGUAACAAGUAGUUUUAUUGGUUGGUUAAUUGGUUAUAUUUUCUUCAUGAAAUGGGUCAGAUUGAUAUUAUUCUGGAUACGUCAAAAUGUUUCUGACGACAUGAGAGCCAUUGAUCCACAGAAAUCAACCUCCCCCUCACAAUCGUUGUUGCUGCUAGAACAAAGUACACCCCGGCAGAUCCCCUUGCUGAAAUCUUCCCCUCAGCGCACAACGCUUGGCUGGAAACUCUUCCUCGCAGCCGUGAUUUCUAAUCCACAGCAGGGCAAAUUCUUCACUGAACAGAUCACGUACGAGGAUCAAUAA